CGCUCACGAAUCAUCGGCGUCAAACUCUUCGAUAUUUCGCUACGAUGACGUCUCCCUCUCUUCGUCCGAGCCCCCAAAACCCCAAUAAAACCCUUCGCAAAACCUCGCUCCUCUCUCCAUUCUCUCAUCCCUCGAAUCUUCUCAUGCCCAAAAACCGCAGCUCCUCUUCAAUCUCGCCGAUUUCAGCGCGAAUUCAAUCACGAACGCUCGAUCUCAGCGGCCGCCAUCACGAUGAGAUUGUUCAGCUUGCAAAGGAGUCGAGAUUCAAUUGCCUUUCAGAGACUCACCUUGAUCUCACGGUUGAUGGGCUCAAGUUGAAGGCUAAGGGGAAGGUUAGGGAUGUUUAUGAAGGGGGAGAUCACUUGGUGCUGGUGACAACGGAUAGGCAGAGCGCUUUCGAUCGGAUUCUUGCUUCGAUUCCUUUCAAAGGGCAGGUUCUUAAUGAGACAAGUCUGUGGUGGUUUAAUAAGACCGAACAUAUUACUCCAAAUGCAGUGGUUUGUGCUCCUGAUAAAAAUGUUACAAUUGCGAGGAAAUGUUCAGUUUUCCCAGUUGAAUUUGUCGUUAGAGGCUUUGUGACCGGCAGCACUGAUACAUCAUUGUGGACAGUUUACAACAAGGGUGCAAGACGUUAUUGUGGCAAUGAGCUUCCUGAGGGUAUGGUAAAAAAUCAAAAGCUACCUACAAAUAUACUCACACCCACAACGAAAUCUGAAGAUCAUGAUGUUCCUGUGUCUCCUGACGAUAUAUUUGAGCUUGGUUUAAUGAGUCGAGAUGAAUAUGCUGAAGUAAGCAACAAGGCUUUAGACUUAUUUGCAUACGGACAGCAAGUAGCUUUGGAGAAUGGACUCUUACUUGUCGACACAAAAUAUGAAUUUGGGAAAGAUGUUGAUGGUACAAUAAUGGUGAUUGAUGAGGUGCAUACCCCUGAUUCUAGCAGAUACUGGGUUGCUGAUUCUUAUGAGGAGCGCUUCAAUACUCGGCGUGAGCCUGAGAAUGUUGAUAAGGAAUUCCUAAGACUCUGGUUCAAGGAACACUGCAACCCUUAUGAAGAUAAGGUUCUUCCUGAUGCCCCCGAGGAACUUGUUUGUGAACUUGCAUGGCGGUACAUUUUCCUUUAUGAAACAAUCACAAAUUCGAAGUUUGAGACACCAAGCAUAGAGGAGCCUAUACAUGAUCGCAUAUCUCGAAAUAUCUCACAGGCCUUGUCAAACUUGUGAUUAGAGGCGAUCAUAACAUCAAGAGUUUGGUUUUUACUGUA